AUGCCAGAUAGCAGUUCAAGCUAUUGCAAAGACUGCGAUGCAGGAGAAUAUUCGGCCGGUGACUCCGUCUGCCAGCUGUGUCAGGCGGGAACCAUUUCAGGCAUUGGUGAUGCUGCUUGCAUGUCUUGCUCAGUGGGGAAAAUUCCGGACAGAGGCGGUAGCGCUUGCGAAAAUUGCAUCGCUGGCAAGUACUGGGCUGGCGACGGGCAGUGCCAAGUCUGUGAGACGGGGCGGAUUUCGAAUCAGGGAUCUAUCACUUGUGAAGAUUGUCCACCCGGGAAGAUGUCAAGCAGCAGCAACGCUAGUAGUUGCAAGGAUUGCGCUGCUGGAAAGUAUUCUUUUGGUGACACGUUGUGCCAGGAGUGCGAAGGCGGCACGGUUUCUGAGCAAGGAGCUUCGAAUUGCAAGGCAUGCCCAGGUGACCUUCAGCCUAUCAACAGCCGAUCAUCUUGCGUUUGUCCAGCUGGGACAAUGCUAGUCGGGAGCAGCACGUGCGAGCCUUGUCCACAGGGUGGCGUGUGCGUUGAUGGAGUUGUGGUGUCCGCGAUUUCGAGACAUUGGCUCCCUGCUGGGGACAAUGCAAUGCCUGUCAAGUGCCCCUUGGGCGAGAGGGAUGGCGCAUGUCUAGAGGACAACAACUGCUCAAACGGCUACACCGGCAGUGCAUGCGCGAUUUGCGCAGAUGGAUUCGGACGCUCUGACUCGCGUUGCGUACCGUGUACUGGAGCUGGGAUUCGGUUCUAUAUUGUCAUGGCAGCGUUCGCUGCGAUCGCCAUUAUCUGGCCUGCGCUGAGGGAAUUCGGACCCGACGCCAGCCAGAUCCUGAAUUUUGCCGAUCCGGAUCAAAGUGCCAUUGAGAUGUCCACGGGCGAUUUGGCGGACAUUCUUGCUGUGUCUACUACUGUCGCCUCGCAUGCUUCCAGAGUGAGCCAGUCAGUGGCAGGGGCUGCGAGUCGGCUUGAGAAGGUGGUGACCUCGCACGCCAUGCGUGUAGUGAAGGUGCAAGGCCGGAUAUUGUUCCUUUUCUUGCAGGCAUCGUCGGGAUGGAUAGUUACGCUCUACGCCACGUUUCCUCACAUAUUGGACUCGAAUUUCGACGCGUUUCACACUGUCGUCGCUUCAUGCACUUCCUGGGUCCACGCUAUAGUCAACUCCGACAUGCGACUCCGUUUUGGGUGCGUUGUGUUGCCCGACGCGGCGUUCGUGAUUAAGGUUGCCGCAUUACCAAUUUUUUUGACGCUCUAUUUCUUCUCAGACAGAUUGUGCAAUCGUAUCGCGAACAUGACGUGUUUGCAGUCCACGAUUAGAGAACACAGUUAUGGGCACGGAAUUGGGGAAUGA